AUGACGUCUGUCUGGAGGAGCCCUGGCCGGAGCGAGGGUCGUCCGUCCAGAGCACGGCCGGCGCCGGCGGCUCGGCACGGGCCGGCAGCGCAGGCGCCCGUGCUCUGCGCCGUGCUGCUCUCCCUGCUGACAGGCGCCGGCUCGCUGCAGAUGCAGAACCACGUGAUCCCAUCACACCUGCUCCUGGGUCAGACGGCCGACCUCGUCUGCCGGUAUCGGCUCGAGAACGAGACUCUCUACUCGGUCAAGUGGUACAAGGACAACGAGGAGUUCUACAACUUUAUAGCCACGCCCAAGAUCGCCAAGCGGAUGUACCCGCUGCCCGGCAUCCGAGUCGAUAUGGCGGGCUCCAGCCGGCAGCGCGUCCGCCUGCUCCAGGUGGACUUCGCCACGUCGGGCAAGUACGGCUGCGAGGUCUCGGUGGACGCGCCGUCGUUCGACACGGUCAUCGUCACCGGCCACAUCCUCGUUGUUGCCGCUCCGGAGAGCCCGCCGCAGAUCGAGGGCGGCAAGGACCUGUACCGGCUGGGUGACGAGUUGUCCGUCAACUGCACGUCGCGGCGCUCCAAGCCGGCGGCGCUCCUCAACUGGCACAUCAACGGCCAGCAGGCGCCGUACCGCUCGAUGGUGCAGUACCCGGUGCGGACGGACGCGGACGGGCGGGAGACGCGCCGGCUGGGGCUGGUGCUGGCGAUGCAGCCGCAUCUGUUCGCCGACGGCCACCUGGUGCUGCGCUGCUCGGCUGCAAUCGCCGCCGUGUACCAGCAGCAGACGGAGCUCAGCGUACGCCAGCCGGCGAAGCGGCCGCCGUCGCCGGCCAAGACACUCGAGAUCAAGGAGCAGAACAGUAAGGACGCGGCCGCGCGCGGGGCGAGUGGAGGGGUAGGGCAGUCGAGACAUGCGCUGUGA